AUGGCAGAGGUUGACGAGGACGAGCGGCAGGAAACACUAGACGUGCUGAGGCAGCGAAAGGUGGAAGUCGAGAAAGCGCAGAUGAGUCUGCCUUUUAAGAUCGAAACCCUUGGCCAGAAGCAGCGCGAAAAGGACCUGAACGACCGCUUGGUUCACAUAGAGAAACUGUCAGGAAUGUUCUCGAAGCCCGUGGUCUUUGUGCCAGCUGACGCUGGGCCAAUCGCUGCUUCGCUCCCUUCCCUGGGCCGCCGCCUGACUCGCUGCCUUUUCUUUACAUUAUGGGAUUUGCGUGCGUUUUCAUGUCUUUGA